AUGAGCAUAACGACGUCAUUAAAUCCUUUUCUUUCAGCUUCGGAACACGUGUAUCCAUCAGCAAGGGCAUCGCUUGCUUCUUUCACAACAAUUGAAUAUCUUGAAAAUAGCAAUGAGGACCUUGAGCCUGAUGAGGAACCGGAGAGCGGUAUUCCCCCCUUGGAAAAUAGACCAGCCACUCCUUUGGUGGAGGGAACACCCUCGAUAGUUGCUGGAGGCAUGCUGGCGCAAUUUUACCACGGUUCCUUUGAAUUUUAUGGCCCAUAUAAUAGAGGUCUACUGGUUGAUAACUCUGGGUAUCCAUUGCUUUCCAUUGACGAGUGGAGGGAUCUCCUUGCUUUGGUAAAUGGGCCCACAAUUACCGAGGACGUUCCAAGCAGGCUAAAAUUUUUCAGGAAACUUGCAUGCCUUUCCUUUUCCUUAUUGCUUUGUGGGAUCGGCUUUCUUCUCUUUAUCCCGCUUUGGAUGACUGCAAGGUCGUAUGAGCGAGCAUUCGUUGGAUAUGCUUUGCGGGUCCGUAUAUUUUUGGAUGCAUGUACCGAGGGCUUUUCUAAAAGGGGACUUGUCUUCAAACUUGUCCGCGCUUCCAAUCCUCAGACACUUGCGGACGUAGAGAAUGAUCCCUAUGAUCUGUGCAUUGCCGUCUCAAUGAUUGGCGGUCCAAGCAAAAGGAUCAGCAUUGUAAAUUUGUAA